CUUGCUAGAUUCUGUCCUAACGAUUAUCUUCCAUAGCACAGCACUGCAACAAGCUUUCAACAAAGAAGGUUCAGUGAAGAAGGAGAAAUCCAUCUGAAGGUCUGUCGCCUCCGUGCACGGCAGCUCCACCAUCUUUCCCUAGGUAUCUCGUUGCAAUUAGUAGCCUGCCCACCACUUGUUUAGCUCGAAGGUCUCGCAUUCCUCAUAGUCGCGCAGAGCAUCAUUGCAAUGGCAUCAGAAGCUCACUGUCUCUUUGCUUUCGACGUGCUUGAAAGUCACUUUAGUAAGGAGCGCAGCCACAAAACUCUCAAAGACUGGCAACAGCUGUCUCUUGCGUCUGGAGGUCAAUUGCCUUCACCGUCUCUUGCGACGGAUGAAGAAAUGCCCAUCUUUGUGACAUGGAAUUCCGGUACUGGUCAAGAAAAGCGUCUACGCGGCUGUAUUGGCACAUUCUCAGCGCACCCCUUGGAGAUGAGCCUAGCUAAUUAUAGCGUCACAGCUGCAGUUCGAGAUUCAAGAUUCAGACCCCUGACGGCAAAGGAUCUCCCCAGCUUAAGUUGCGGUAUUUCCAUCUUGUCAUCCUUUGAGCCAAUUGACGAUCCUUUCGACUGGACAAUCGGUCAGCAUGGGCUUCAGGUCCACUUCGUUCAUCGCGGUCGAGGCUGUGGUGCGACCUAUCUUCCUGAGAUUGCUAAAGUGCAAGGCUGGACGAAAGAGGAAACGCUCAAAUCCCUAUUGAAGAAGGGCGGAUUUGACGGAAAGUCAGAUUGGCGCGAUCUGCAUUUGGACAUUGAACGAUACCAAUCUAGCAAGUAUGAAGUACCAUACAAGCGAUACAACGCUCUCAAGACAAAGCAAUAGGCGAGUCUAUUGUUUACUAAACACAUCAAUAUGCUUUUGUGAUCAUUGCAGGGCCUGCAUCAGUAAUUGUCGCCUGUCCCCCAAUUGCCCGAGCAGUUGUUCAGCUUGGCCUUCGGGCAGGGCAGCAAGCAAUUGCCGUGUAGAUCUGACGACGACAGCCUUCGUGGCGUCUGUGAGGAUGGCUGCCCCAAGCACUUGCGCAACACUGUCGACAACUGCGACCAGUGAACCGGCAAUCGCAGGAUGUUUCCUACGCAUGUUAG